UUGUCAUAACUUCGCGUUAUGUUGUUUGAUCUCUUCCUUCUCAGCGGGUUCGUUCUUACUGGCGGGUUUCUAGUCGCGGCUCAAGAUGAACCUUGUGCGACUGUGAGUGCGCUGUCUGCGUCCUUUUUGGCCGAUUAUCCCCAAGCCACGGCGGCCUACGUGCCUGCAGAGGACGCGGUCGCGUGUUUGAAGUCUGUUCCUAUCCAAAAGGAUGAGGACAAAGCUCUUUUGAACGAGAUUCUACUGUACUUGAGCUGGCAAUCAAAUACUGCCUACAUCGCCGACCCUCCCGCAGGCUACACCGAAGAACGCCUGGACAUCAUCGGCAACCUGAAAGCUAUUUACAAGAAGUUAGACGGCGAUGGGUAUGACGACGAGUACACCUUUCAACUCGAUCUUUCCACCACGAUCACCGAGGCCUAUGACUUCCAUCUCUAUUUUAUCGCCGAUAUUCUAGGCAUAUUCAUCUUCUCGAGGGGUAAUCUCUUUGGAGGUGGUGACGAGUUGUCCCUAACUUCUCUAUCUUCCGACGGAAAGGCUCUUCCCGAGCUGUACAACGUCUACGAUAUUAUCAAGGAGCGUACCGACGAUUUCAAGGCCUCCCCUAUCACGGAAAUCAACAACAAGACCGCGACCGAAUACCUGAAUGAUUGGGCUAAAACAUACACGUAUCACGACAAAGAUGCUCGCUAUGAGCGGAACUUCUACAACCAGGCCGGUGCCUCGAUUGGCCAACCCGUGGAUUCUUUUGCCAGCGGCAGCUACCCAGAUGGUGCUUCUACCUUCAUCACUUUCGACAACGGCACCUCUGUAGAGUUCCCCAACUACGCCAAGAUCAAUGCGGAUAUGUCCAAUGUUGCCAGCGGCGAGGAAUUCUUUUCAGCUUUCUGCAACCAAGGACCACCCAGCCCGAGCUCCAAGGUUAAGCGUGAGCCUACACUCGUUUCCAGGGCUGACCCGACGGCUACUGGCUACCCCGACGCCGUUCUUUUGCACUCUGAGGGUGUAAUUGGUGGAUAUUAUCUUGGAGGCCAGGGCUACGACGACGUCGCUGUGCUUGGUAUUCCCUCUUUCGGUCCUGAAUCUGACAAGGGUGGACCGGAGUUCCAGGAUGUGGUGUACCAGUUUUUCGCUGACGCUACCGCAAAGGGCAAGAAGAGGCUUGUGAUCGAUACCCGUGCUAACGGCGGAGGACGAGUCUUCCUGGGCUUUGAUCUUUUCAAACAGCUGUUUCCUACUCUUGAGCCAUGGGGUGCGACACGCUACCGUGCCAGCGAGGCUUUCGACGUCGUCGGCCAAGCCUUGAGCAAGCAACUAGAAGGAUAUACAUACGAGCAGGCCAUUGCAGACUUCAACGCUAAGGGCCUCGAUAGCUUGCUUGCCGCUGCUUGGAGCAGUAUUUUCAACUACAAGGUCCCGAUGACCGUUGAUGGCCAGAACUUCUCAUCCUGGAAGGAUAUGUUCGGACCUAAUGUGUUCAACAAUGAUAACUUUACGGAUCUUCAGAGAUACAACUUCAACAACUUCUUCUCCGACGACCUCACAUUGGAUGUCAGCGGCUACCGCACUCGCGCCAAUAAACUCGGUCCACAGCCUUUCCAACCCGAGAACAUCGUCAUUCUUCAAGACGGCGGCUGCGGCUCCACCUGCGCCAUCUUCGCGGAGCUCAUGAAGGCUCAAGGACACGUGCAGCAAGUCGUCAUCGGUGGUCAGCCAAAGACCGGUCCCAUGCAAGGUGUUGCCGGCUCAAAGGGCGCCCAAGUCCUGAACUUCCUCGAGGUCUUCAAACAGGCCUCCAGCGCCUAUAAAUUCCUCACCGACGACCAGGACAAGAUCAACGGUACCGAGCUCGGCGCCCUCGUUCAAGCCCAGCGCCCCCUCAUGCGUGCUGGCUACAGCGCGGACGGGAGCCCCUUCGCGGCAGUCAACCUCCGUGACAACAUCCGCGAAGGCGACAACUCCAACACUCCGCUGGAAUUCGUUUACGAGGCUGCCGACUGCAAGCUCUUCUACACCCCGGAUCUGUUUGGCGAUGUCACGGAAGUCUGGAAGGCGGCUGUCGACGCACGCUGGGCCAACGGCAAGGGCUGUGUAGAGGGCAGCACAGGUGACAAGAGCAGUAUCAGCGGUGGCCUUACGCUACCUGCUGCAAACCCCAAGGGGCCGCAGACAGGCGUUGCUUCCCGCCGCGACAGCGCAAUGGCGCUUGUGAUUGCAAUGGCUAUGAGUGCGCUUGUAUUUGUGCUUUAAGUGCAUCCAAGGCCUGCGCAUGUAGAUGAUCUGGCUUAUGUUGUAUAGCUCACGUAUAUUGAAUAGACGUAACGACUCCCGUAUGAACGUAGAUGCUCUGACUGGCUUGUCUCCGUGUGAUUUUGACUUCAAGCUUUAAACGAGGCCGAUGAAUCUUUCACGACUGAAGUGAUGACACUGCGUUGCGUAUGGGCUCGUGUGGCUUUCAUACGGGAUCAACCGGUGCGAGGUCAAGCAUCUAGAGUAUUUAGAAUCGCUCAGUCAGAGCCCCGGGCCUUUUCAUGGAUGAAAGAGGUAAUCCAGAAUCCCCGCCGCUGAUUGGUCGCCAUGAAUGACAGCACACAUUCCAGAACCAACGUUAUAUUAAGCUUAAUUGAACCCCAUAACUCA